AUGCAGAGAGGCCAAGCAGGCAUACCAACGACUCAGCGUAUCCUAGGAGAGGUCUCUGGCUGCCUGGGCCAUUUCGCAGGCGGAGCUGGGAUUCCCCGUCACCCGUCCUCAGAUCAAGGAGUUUGUGUUGAAGGUGCUCGCCGCGCAGGGUGA